UUCUUAAAGGGGCCCUGGAGGAGUGGUUGCCACCAGCCAUGGCUCCGAAAAAAAAGGCAGGCAAGGGGGCCAAGGAGCCGGAGGUCAAGAAGAAGAAAGGGGGCAAGAAGGAUCUCAGCCUGGCCUACAAGCCCAUGGAAAUGCCCGUAAACGAAGAGACUCGAGAGUUCUACCACAUCCAGAUCCGAGACCUGGAGGACAGGCUGGCCCGGUACCAGCGGAAGUGGGAUGAGAUGGCCGUGCAGGAGAAGCUGUCUCGCCAGGAGUUUGAGCAGCUGGCCAACAACAAGAAGGAGAUUGUGGCCUUCCUCAAGCGCACGCUCAACCAGCGGGUGGACGAGAUCACCGACCUCAACGAGCAGCUCCAAAGCCUGCAGCUGGCCAAGGAGAUGGAGAAGGAUGCCUUCGAGGCCCAGCUAGCCCAGGUGCGCCACGAGUUCCAGGAGACCAAGGACCAGCUCACCACCGAGAACAUCAUCCUGGGGGGAAAGCUGGCAGCCCUGGAGGAGUUCCGGCUGCAGAAAGAGGAACUCACGGAGAAGUUCAUGCUGAUGGAGGACCAGCUGCGGAAGCAGGAGAGCGAAUACAAGGACUACGUACACAACCUGGAGAAGAAGUCGGUGCUGGACAAGGACAGACUGAGGAAGGAGAUCAUUCAGCGGGUGAACAUGGUGGCCACCGAGUUCCGCAAGGUGGCCACCAGCCAGAUGUGGGACACCACCAAGCGGGCCAUCUUGGAGAACAACACGGUGACCCUGCAGCUGGCGCAGAUAUCCCAGCGAGGCCUGCAGCUGCUGCAGGAGAACGAGCAGCUCCGGGGCACCCAGGGCAAACUGUCCCAAGAGCUGGAGCUGUUGGAGGACUCCCAGAAGGUCAUGGCCAGGCACAGCAGAGGCCACCAGAAGAUCAUCCUCAUGCUGACGGAGAAGUGCCGCGAGCAGCAGCAGGGCACAGCAGAGGCCGAGCGGCUGCGCCUCCUGCUGAGCCAGGUGGAGCAGAACCUCCUGCAACUGCAGAAGGACAACCAGGCGCUGAGGACCCAGAGAGACCAGCUGAACCUGCAGCUGGAGCGGCAGCAGGCUGAGGCGCAGAGGCUACAGCAGGAGCUGACCAAGGAGCAGAAGGUUCGGGUGAGCCUGGAGACGGCCCUGGCCCAGGCCACCUCCUUCCUACGGGACAUCGUGCAGAUGCAGCCAGAAGGGGAGGAUGGUGACCUUGACACAAUGUUCCAGCUGCAGCGCAAGGAGAUGCUGCAGCACCUGCUGGUCAUGCUCAGCUCGGCCAUAGUCCUGAGCCCCCAGCUGGCUGUGUCCCCUGGCCAGGAGAGCCACCAGCCCUGGGGUCCGCCCGAGGAGGGCCAGCGCAGCAACCAGCCACUCGGGACGGGGUCUCUGCUGCAGCAGCUGUCCAGCAUCACACCCUACCAGCCAGGGGAUCUGGGCCUGGUACCUCGACGGAUCCACAUCCCACCCAACCCCGAGGACCUCAGGCUGCUCUCACACACCACCCGUGUGGGCGGCUUUCGGGCGCACAGCAUCCCUCAGGUGAGGGAGCCAGGGGCCCUGGCGACAGCAGGAUGGCAGCCAGCCCUGGGUGCAGAUCAUGGCUCUGCCACACCGCAGCUGUGUGGCUUCACCUCUCUAAGCCUCCAUUUCCCCAUCUGCAAAAUGGGCUGAAGAAAGGUGUGGCUAAGCCUCAGUGGGCUAAGACAUACCCACACAUCCCCUGGGAGGGGGGAGGGGGGCUUGCUGGACCCUGUGGGCCCCUCUUCCAUGGGAGGUGGUGGGGAAAGGUGGGAACCCACCCAAGGAAGCCUCGGCUUCCAGGCUGGCAUCUUUAUUCUUACAGAUCCAUACCUCUGGUUCUGCAAAAAAGUUCAAAAAGUUCA